AUGACAUCGAAAACUCAUCUUGCAUUCGCAAGUACAGCCGUUGGCGUUACAUCUGUUAUUGAGAUCCCAACACCAUCUCCUGGACCCGGUGAGGUGAUGGUAAACGUGGCAUACAGCGCAGUGAUACCCCUUGAUACAUACAUGACCGAUUAUGGUCGACUGAUACACGGUGAAUAUCCAGUCGUCUUAGGCUUCAAUCUUAGUGGAGUUGUAGAAGCUGUUGGCUCUGGUGUGGAUGGCCUGCAGACUGGGUACAAGGUUUGUGCAUUUGCAACAAUUCCCGACGACUUCAUAACUGCAUUCUACACUCUGUUCGAUUGUUUAGAACUUCCUCCGCCAAUGUUCACCAUCUCUGCGCUAACUUCCCAUGCAGAGACUCCGAUCCUCGUUUAUGGUGCGGGAGCUACGUCUGGUCAAUACGCUGUUCAGCUGUUGUCCCUCGCUGGGUACAGGCGGGAUUGCAACCGCUCUCUUGGUGCAGCCCAUGAUAUGGCCAAGAAGAUCCUGCUCGCUGCAGGCGAAAGUAUUCAAUUUGUUCUGGACUGCAUCAGCGCUGAGGGCAUGCUCAAGAGUAUAUCUAGCAUCGUCAACUCCAAUGGUAUAGUAGCCAUGCUAUUGCCAGUGACGGAAGGCAGCAGGCAUAUUGCAGGGAAAGACGUAAACCCUUUCCCAGAUUCGGUGAAGCUUGUAGGUGCGAAGACUUUGGCGCAAAACGAGUACCUUCGUGACAACUUGAUGCCGAAUAUACUUCCUCGACUGUUGGAGGAAGAUAUCAUUCAACCAAACCGAGUUUGCCUAUUUGAUCAAGGAUCAUUUCAAGAUCGCUGCCAGGGGGCACUUGAUGUAGUACGGAAUGGACAAGUGAACGGAGAGAAAAAUCUUGUGAAAGUAGCAUCCAUGUAA